CUGCCACUUCUGGCUUCCUCUUCCCCGCGGAAAGGUCUCGACGGCUCUGGUUUCCGGCGGGGCUCCCGAUGAAACAGGCCCGAGGACGAGCACUGACCUACAGGUUUAGAUCCGGAAAGGCACUUCUGAAGUCAUCGCGUCCAGGCCCGUCACUCUGAAGAUGAGAAACUGAGGCCCGGAGACAUUUAAGAGACUUGCCCAAGGUCCCACAGAGACAGUGUCCUCACAGAAGAGAAGAUGGCAGAAGAAGCCAAUGAUGAAAAGAAGCCACAGACUAAGUUCGAGUUAGAACGAGAGACAGAACUACGUUUUGAGGUGGAGGCUUCCCAGUCAGCCCAGCUGGAACUGCUGGCUGGCAUGGCAGAAAUCUUUGGCACAGAACUGACUCGAAACAAAAAAUUCACUUUUGACGCAGGUGCCAAAGUUGCUGUCUUCACUUGGCAUGGCUGUUCUCUCCAGCUGAGCGGUCGCACUGAGGUGGCUUAUGUCUCCAAGGACACUCCCAUGCUCCUUUAUCUUAACACUCACACUGCCCUGGAACAAAUGAGACGGCAAGCAGAGCGUGAGGAAGAGCGAGGUCCUCGAGUGAUGGUAGUAGGCCCUACGGAUGUGGGCAAAUCCACAGUAUGCCGCCUUUUACUCAAUUAUGCUGUGCGACUAGGCCGGAGACCCACCUAUGUGGAGCUGGAUGUCGGCCAAGGCUCUGUGUCUAUUCCUGGAACUAUGGGGGCCCUUUACAUUGAGCGACCUGCUGAUGUAGAGGAGGGUUUCUCUAUCCAGGCCCCACUGGUCUAUCACUUUGGCUCCACUACACCUGGUACCAACAUCAAGCUUUACAAUAAGAUUACAUCACGUCUUGCAGAUGUCUUCAAUCAGCGUUGCGAGGUGAACCGCCGAGCCUCUGUCAGUGGCUGUGUCAUUAACACCUGUGGGUGGGUCAAGGGCUCUGGCUACCAGGCCUUGGUGCACGCUGCUUCUGCUUUUGAGGUGGACGUGGUGGUAGUGCUGGACCAGGAACGACUGUACAAUGAGCUCAAGCGUGACUUGCCCCACUUUGUGCGCACUGUUCUACUCCCCAAGUCAGGGGGAGUGGUUGAACGGUCGAAGGACUUCCGCCGGGAAUAUAGGGAUGAGCGCAUCCGAGAGUAUUUCUAUGGUUUCCGUGGCUGUUUCUAUCCCCAUGCCUUCAAUGUCAAAUUCUCCGAUGUGAAAAUCUACAAGGUGGGGGCUCCCACCAUCCCAGACUCAUGUCUCCCUUUGGGAAUGUCACAGGAGGACAAUCAGCUGAAACUGGUACCCGUUACCCCAGGGCGAGACAUGGUGCAUCACCUCUUGAGUGUCAGCACAGCUGAGGGCACUGAGGAGAACAUCUCGGAGACCAGUGUGGCUGGCUUCAUUGUGGUGACUAGUGUGGACCUGGAGCACCAGGUUUUUACUGUGCUCUCUCCAGCCCCUCGCCCACUGCCUAAGAACUUCCUCCUCAUCAUGGACAUCCGCUUCAUGGAUCUCAAGCGCUGAAUCUGCUGUCGACACCAGCCUUUCCGAGGACAAUUCAAGAGGCAGGCAAUAAAUGUGGGGGCAAAGUGUCAGAUGUGCCCAUCAUCUUCAAGAGAGAGCUGCAGAGGAGAGUAAACAAACUAUCUCCCCUGUUGCCUAUCUUGAUACUUGGAGCCAAUCCUUGCUUCAUACUUCAAGGUAAUUUAAGCCUUAACGUGGCAAAGAGCCAGACAGUCCAUUCCUCUUGGAGAGACAGCUUCGUUCCUAGGUAGGACAGCGUCAUUUAAUAGACAAGUUGUCAGGUGAUGCCAUUCCUUCAGACCCAAGAUAGAAGUAGGCACACCUUGGUCAUCUUUGUACAGUUCCCUACCCCUUGAUCUCAAAGGGGUAUGCCAUAUGUGGUUAUGAGAUAAUGCACUUUGAAAAAAUAGAAAGUGUAUUCUACAGCAUUAUUCUCUGAUGCCCUUAUAACAAAGUCAGUACUUAGUUCAAGGAUCAAUGGAUUGCUUUGCUACCUUAUGUUAAAAUGUAAAGCUGAAGCCUAGAUUUAUCUCUAGAUAUGUCAUUACGUUUGUGGAAUGUACCCCAUAGAGGCUGCUGGAAGUUUAUAGGUUAUAUACUAAAUAUUGUGAGUAAAAUAUCCAGUGCUAGCGACGUAACAGGUGCUCAAUAAAUUUUGGCUAAUGAG